CUUUCAUCGAUAUUCUGCAGAUUCCUGUGAAGAUAAUAAACUUUUAGAGCUCCUGGCGCGAAUGAUAAAGACGCACCUCGAGAGGAGAUCUGCGUAUUUAAACCCCAUGGCUUCCCCCUUACAGAGACGCCCCUCAGUGUCUCCUCUUACCGAGGAAGCCGCCGCUCUCCAUGGUUAACCACGUCAUCGCCCUGUUGCUGUCUCGCACUCUGUGACGGACCUUCCAUAAAGUUCCCGCUCUUCUCCGCCAUGACGGCUGCUCCAGAGUCGCCCUGCCCGCCGGAGCUCAGCGCUCCUUCCUGCAACCAGAGCACCAACAAGACCUCGCCUUACACGCCGCAAGCCACUGCAGCCUUCGCCAUUGCCAUCACCUCGAUGAUGGUCAUGACCAUCGUGGGGAACAUCCUGGUCAUCAUCGCCGUCCUGACGUCUCGGUCCCUGAAAGGCGCUCAGAAUCUCUUCCUGGUGUCGCUGGCUGCAGCUGAUAUUUUAGUGGCCACGCUUAUUAUCCCCUUCUCGUUAGCUAACGAGCUGCAGGGCUACUGGGCGUUUAGCUCGAUGUGGUGUGAAAUCUACCUGGCGCUGGAUGUUCUCUUCUGCACCUCCUCCAUCGUGCACCUGUGCGCGAUAGCACUGGACCGCUACCUGUCCAUCUCUCGGCCCGUGUCCUAUGGUACCAAACGCACGCCGUUGCGCAUCAAGUUGUCCAUUGUGGUCGUCUGGCUGAUUUCUGCAGUCAUCUCUUUCCCGCCUCUGCUCACCCUGGACAAGAGUAAAGGAGGAGACGGCGUGUGCGAGCUAAACAGCGAGCGCUGGUAUAUCCUCUACUCAACCAUUGGCUCGUUCUUCGCCCCGUGUGUGAUCAUGAUUCUGGUGUACGCCAGGAUUUAUCAGAUCGCUAAGAAGCACACGCGGCACCCUCCGGGACACAAGCAGAAAGAGGGAGCGGGAGGAAACGCCAGCAUGGCGAGCGUCAAUACACCCGCCAAGUUAUCUGAGCAGUCACAGCAGAACGGGGAUCAAGGAGGAAGCCAACGAGAGAGAGUCCGGAUCAAGAUGCCCGGCUCUGAUUCCACCUCGUCAUCACUUCACAAACCGCCUGAGAAUGAAUCCAACCAGGACGCUCAACCUCCUGACCUCCAAAAAACAGACUCCUCCCCCUCAAUCCCCCCUAACGACGGCCAAAUCAUCUCCGCUGUUCCCCGCAAAGGCUCCCGCUCGCAUUACAACCAAAGGGGGGACUCGCUCGCCGACAACUGCUCCAGCUCUGGCUCGGACGCAGAGAUGGAAGUCGGCGAGGAGGGGGAUCUAAGAAAAGAAAGCAAAGAAGAGACGAGCAAGGGAGACGAGAAGACUGUGGGAGCGCCCCUAAGCAAAGGGUUCAGGGUUCAGGUGCUGAACCUGGCCCACAGGUACAAAAACACAAUGACCACGUCGUCUGGCACCAAACUGGUACCGGAGGAAACGCCCACCAAACAGGGCACGCCCAUGUCCCGCCGGAAGGCCAUGAUGAACCGGGAGAAGAAGUUCACCUUCGUCUUGGCCGUGGUCAUGGGGGUGUUUGUGAUCUGCUGGUUCCCCUUCUUCUUCACUUACUCUCUUCAGGCCGUGUGCCCCGAGACCUGCUCCAUCCCCAACCCCUUGUUUAAGUUCUUCUUCUGGAUCGGCUACUGCAACUCCUGCCUCAACCCGCUCAUAUACACGGUGUUCAACAAUGACUUCAGGAAGGCCUUCAAGAGGAUACUGUGCAGGGACACUAAGGGGACGUUCUUCUAGAAGGGAGUACUGCUGGGGGGACAGAAAGACUGCUCACCAGAAGACAAAAAACUCUUUCUUUCUUUGUGUAUUCGACCAGGAUUGACCUUCUUCAGCAGCCACAUAAACACUCGAACAUUAAGGAGGAAAUUACAUCCCAUUUUCUCCCCUCUUGUUUGUCUGAACGCUGUCGGCUGAGUCAGAGGAAGAUUUCAGAAAACCCCGGUCAAGUGGCUGAAUCAAUUAUCUUUAAUGUUAUUUAAGAAUGCGGUGUAAUUGUAUUCAAUGACUCUGAAGAAGAGUGAUCUGAUUAUAUUUUCAAACGGAAGUCAGGAUCUGUGUUACAGGGUCUGUGUUUAGUAAUUUAAAGUACAAAUAGGACAAUGACAGUGAUGCGUCGUCGUGUGUGUGUGUGUGUGUGUGUGUGUGUGUGUGUGUGUGUGUGUGCAUGGGACGAGGAGGGUUGCCUUAGGGUCUAACUGGAAGAGAACAAAUAUCACUAAGUGUCCUUUAUUGGAGAUAAAAUGGGCACUCAAAGAACACAAGAUCAGGGAAAAUGUGAGCAUCCUCCCCCUUGUGCCUCGACUUCUUCUCUCUGUUCUGCUUCUUUCUUCGUGUAAAGCGGUAACCUGGGACGUGUAAAUGAUGACGGAUGGCGUUUCUUCUCCUCUGAGUAUUCUCUUGUCUCUGUGAACGCUGGAUGUUACACCUUGCGUUGGGGAUUUCUCAUUAAAGGUUGAAGCCAGGAGGCUCGAGGAAGAAGAAAAAAAACUAGAUCAGGAGCGGUGAGAAUCGGCAAAGUCUGCAUGAAAGAUGUUGUUCCCUCCUCCUCCUCCCCCCCCCCCCCCCCUCCCCUCCCUGCCCAUCCCCCCCACGCUUCCUUUACCCUUCCUUCAGCUUUGAUCAUUUUUCCUCCUCUAAACUAAGAAUGACCCAGCGCUUCUCUGCUCUGGUUUCAGCUGAAGGUGUCUUUUAAUUGAGGUAAUUUGCAAUAUUUAAAGAACAUGAAGGACAGUGAGCACGGCGCCCUUCUUGCUGUGCUCGCUGCCAAAGCAAUACAGACUGAAUCUGAACUGUGUGCUGACCCCGACCACGAGCAGAAUCCCAGAUGAAGACGCUCCUCCUCUCUCUGGACCGAUCGGAGCUGCUGGGUGUGUGAAUACUGAAUGUGUGUGUGGCUGAGUUUGCAGCGGCAUGUUUUUUAAAAAAUGCACUUCUUAUCUUUCAAACAGAACUUUACACGCUGUGAGAUAACCCUGGUGGUGGAAUCUGCUGCUGUACAGUAAGAGCUUAAACAUGUAAAAGUAGUCUUGCUUGUUGCUUUAAAGUCCAGCUGAAAUGAAAUUUGCAUGUUUUUUUUCCUGCAAAGAUGUCGUCCAAUGGUUAAGUGAACCGGACUCUGUUUGAAUGACGUGCAGGACUAAAGCUGAUUUUGAACAAAAGUGAUUUU